CCCGAGCUCCAUUGCGGAAGCCGAGGCUCGCCAUAUUGUGCGGCGGCGCCGGCGGCCGCGGCGGCUGGUACUCGAGUCUCGCUCCGGCCGCGGUCAGCGGAGUCCCGGGCUGGGGCAGGAGCCGCAAUGUCUCAAGCUGUGCAGACGAAUGGAACUCAACCAUUAAGCAAAACAUGGGAACUCAGUUUAUAUGAAUUACAACGAACACCUCAGGAGGCAAUAACAGAUGGCUUGGAAAUUGUUGUUUCACCCUCGAAGUCUACACAGUGAAUUAUGUGCCCAAUUUGUUUGGAUAUGUUGAAGAACACCAUGACUACAAAGGAGUUGCAUCGGUUUUGUGCAGACUGCAUUAUCACGGCCCUCAGAAGUGGCAAUAAAGAAUGUCCUACAUGUCGGAAAAAGCUAGUUUCCAAAAGAUCACUAAGGCCAGACCAAACUUCGAUGCACUCAUCAGCAAAAUUUAAUCCAAGUCGUGAUGAGUACGAAGCUCAUCAAGAGAGAGUAUUAGCCAGGAUCAACAAGCACAAUAACCAGCAAGCACUCAGUCACAGCAUUGAGGAAGGGCUGAAGAUACAGGCCAUGAACAGAUUACAGCGAGGCAAGAAACAGCAGAUCGAGAACGGCAGUGGGGCCGAGGACAACGGGGACAGCUCUCACUGCAGCAACGCGUCCACCCACAGCAACCAGGAGGCGGGGCCCAGCAACAAGCGGACCAAGACGUCCGACGACUCGGGGCUGGAGCUGGACAACAGCAGCGCGGCGGUGGCCAUCGACCCGGUGAUGGACGGGGCCAGUGAGAUCGAGCUCGUGUUCAGGCCCCAUCCCACCCUCAUGGAGAAGGAUGACAGCGCGCAGACGAGAUACAUAAAGACUUCUGGUAAUGCCACUGUUGAUCACUUAUCCAAGUAUCUGGCUGUGAGGUUAGCUUUAGAAGAACUUCGAAGCAAAGGAGAAUCGAACCAGAUGAACCUUGAUACAGCCAGUGAGAAGCAGUAUACCAUCUACAUAGCAACUGCCAGUGGGCAGUUCACUGUAUUAAAUGGCUCUUUUUCUUUGGAAUUGGUCAGUGAGAAGUACUGGAAAGUGAACAAACCCAUGGAACUUUACUAUGCACCCACAAAGGAGCACAAAUGAGCUUUUACAAAACCAGUUCGGAGAAUGAACUUUUUUAUAGCCUAUUUCUUUAUUAUCAAAGAUGUAUCAUCAUUACUUUUAUGGACAGAAUCUUGGAUAUGUUGUUCAGUUUUCUUCCUGAGCCAGAUUCGUUUACACUAUUAGAAUCUUUUCCCCUUAAUUUAAGAUUUCCCUUUUGGAAGGGAUUGCAGUUAUUCAGAACUUUUUCUUUUUAAAAAAAAUAUAUCUAAGUUCUAUGUCUUCACAAAGUGUGGUUCCAUUUGGAGCACCCUUUGACCCAGGAAUUUUUCAGAGUUCUGUAUUCUUAAGAUUCAGUUGGCCAUCUUUUCCCCUCCCUCAAAGUUUAGGCCUUACAGAAUGUGAAUUUGUAUUUUGACUUUUUUUCCUGGAGUCUUGUAUAUUUAUAGUUUUCUAUAUAGGCCGUAGUAGUAUCUUCAUGAAGACCAAGACUCAAAUUUACUGUGCUUAAAAGUCCAUUCUCAUAGGAUUAUUGUUUUCAUGGUAUUUUCUUCCAUAAUAUCUCAUUCUUUUUUUCAAAAAAAGGUUCUUUAUGAAGGUAGUGACCAUUGUCAUGCAGUGUUAUUUUCUCUCCCGCCGCGCCCCCCCCCCGCCCCCCCUGAUUUUGGAAUUUCUGAUCCUGGGAAAGAGAAUCCAACAGAAUCUCAAGUUCAAUAAGGACUUGGUUCAUUUAUAGAUUUUACUGAAGAAAUAUUAUAUUGGUCUUAUGUAGUCUUCAAGUAUAUAUUUAAAAAGUCUUUGUAUUAGUUCUGCUGUCACUUCAGUUCCUGUAUUAUGUAUGUUUGAUGAUUUUUUUCUAUUAAAAUACCAGAGAUAUGGAGAUAUUUUGCACUUUAGCUUUGAUGAAAAGUACAAGAUAUGUUCAGAGCUUCCGCAGUUCUUUUCUGUUGGUAGCUAUGUGAGUUACGGAGAACAUGGCACAUGGAACUAACAGUGGGGGGAAAACAUUUGCUUCUGUUUGAAAGUGUUUUGUAUUUUGGGUUGCCGUAUAUCAGUUUAUGUGUUUGGUGCUCUGCUAAUUACACUCUAGAGAAACAAGUUAAUGGAGCUUGAGACCUGCCUUGAUAGGUAGUAGGAGAUAAUUCUGUAGAAGAAUGUCAGCCAGUAGGGCAAAAGUCAUUCUGUUCUUGUUCAUUCAGUUUUAUGUUGAGGGACAGUUGAAUGUUCAGCAUUGGGGCCCAGAAGGCUUUGUGCUGGCAGGUCAGAAACAAGAUUGGACUUGUGUGUUCUUUUUCAUCUCUGUUCUAAUUUCAGGUGUGUUUGCAAGUUUGUAUUGUCACAGUACUUACAAAGACAUGUUCGCAUUGAGAGAUUAACCCCGAGGGGUUUCUGCCAGGGGUGCUAGCCCCCCAGAACCGCUGGAACGAAGGCCUGGCCCGUGGUCGGAGCUGUCUGUCGUGUUGGGGAGGUCGGGGCCACCCUGAUGCUCUGCAGCUUCGGCCCCAUGUGAAAACCUCAAAGGCUUAUCCAGUUCAGUUUUUUACCGUUUUAUUGAAAAUACUUAAAACCUGUUUUUACAGUUGUUUUUGGUAAUCUGUGCCAUGAAAUUUGAAAACCACCAAAAAGCAUUGAAAUUUUGUAUUCAAUUUCUUUCUUCUGGUGUAAUGUUAACAUUGUAUAGACUAUUACUGCAUGUCCACUCAAUAUAACUCUGGUUUUGCGAUAUAACUAUUUAGAUUUUAUUGGUGACAUUAGAUUAGUUGUUGCAUUAAAUAACUGAAUUCCCAUUGUGA